AUAACAUAACAUACUAUGCCAUGAGGUGUUGAGGGAAAAACAGAUUGGAUUGGAUAUAAUAUUUUCUAGGCAAUUUGCGAUAACAGGAAAUACACAAGCUGUAGGCUACACCAUAACUCAAGGUUGACUACUCUGGAAUGUCGGCUUGCACGGGUACCAUUGAAGGGAGUGGAGUGUGGAGGUGGGGCAAUUUACGUUGGAGAUUCCUGGUGUUUGUGACGCUCGCCGUUUAGCGCGACGCAGAUCCAGUGGGGAGUGUGGUGAAACAGAGCUGGCCCCACCAAUCCCUACCAUUAUGCCUGCUCUAUUAGAGAGGCCAAAACUGUCCAAUGACAUGGCACGCGCCCUGCACAAGCACAUCAUGCGGGAGCGAGACCGCAAGAGACAAGAGGAAGAAGAAGUAGACAAAAUGAUGGAGCAGAAGCAGAAGGAGGAGGAAGAAAGGAAGAGGAAGAAAGAGGUGGAGGAGAGAAUGUCUUUAGAUGAGACAAAAGAGCAGAUCAUGAAGAUGGGGGAGAAGCUACAAGGGCUACAAGAGGAGAAACACCAGCUCUUCCUCCAGUUGAAGAAAGUGCUCCAUGAGGAGGAGAAGAGACGGAGGAAAGAACAGAGUGAUAUGACAACCCUGACAUCAUCUACGUACCAGCCCAGCAUGGCUAUCCACUCCCACUCAGGACAACACCUGCUCAGCAUGCAAGCGGGUCAAGUGAGUCACGGCCGCUCUGCUGCCCUGCUAGGAGAACGGAGUAAACAGCUCUUCCAGUCCCCUGUCCUUCCGGGGCGUCACUACCAGAGCCAGCCAGGGAUGAGCUCCGGAGGCUUGGAGCAUGGGCAGUAUGCAUCCAGCCAGGCAGCCCAUGGCCCCUACGGCCAGCUCACCCAGGCACAGCACGGCACUCCCUUCGCCCCCAGCCAGUCUGUCCCUGUCAGUUACGCCAGCAGCUCACAGCUCAGAGGUGCCUCAGCCUUCCAGGCCAUGCAGUACCUGCCUCAACAGCAGCAGGGCUACGCUGUACACAGCCACUUUACAUCUCAGCCAGGAUUUAUCCCUAGUGCUGGGAUCCCUCUACAGAAGCAACUGGAACAUGCCAAUCAACAAUCUGGCUUCACUGACUCUAGUGCUCUACGGUCCGUGCACCCUCAGGCUCUUCAUGCCAGUGCUGCAGGCCUGCUGCCUACCCCCUCCCUCACAGUGCAGAUCCCUCCUGCCAAGUCUGGCUUGCCAUACACCCAUCCCCCCCGUCCGGCUUCUCCAGGAAGCUUCACUCAUGGAACUCCUCCACAGCAGUCUCACCCAGCAACGUUUCAGAGCUCUCCUCGGCAUGCCUACCUUUCCCACAGCCAAUCAGGACAGAGGUUCUACCACCACACCAAGUAAACUGGCAACAACCACCACCAGCAAUUAGGGAUUGGCAUCAUUCUCCGCACAGAUGUAGGCUUCAACUUUAACUGCUGAAAUAGUACAUCAAUGUAGCGUUUCUUCUGCCAAAAUGUUGCAUUAUAUCCCAUAAUGUGUAUAUUGACUACUUUCAGUAUGCAUUAGCAUGUUUUUAAAAUGUUAUAUAACAAAAUCUGAAUUUCAAUAGAUAAGCUUUGUUUCAUAACGGGGGUCUCAAUCAUGACAUACUAUGAUAGAGAAUUGGUAGAUUCAGAAUGAUAAUAUUUGCAUUCCAAACAAUGGUGCUGUUUUCAUUGUUGAUGUGUUAGCAAAUGAACCCAAGCUUCAGUACUCUGUGCUAUUCACUUUUUACUGAUAAUGAAGGCCUCUUAAAAUACUCGUAAUAUUUGUUCUUAAUCUUAUUUAAAACAUUUUAAAUGAUUAAUGUAAACCCUUCUCAGGGCCCAUGGAGGAAAUGAUCAUUUGCAAGGAAGAACUCUUCGAUUCACUUAAUAAACAUGCUGCAUUUGUGGAAGCCAUAUUUUCCUAAACUUUUUAAAUGAAAAUCUACUAAUUUUAUUAAAUUGCACUUGAAAAUUAAA